GUCGAGCCGAACUCAACCCAACUUCUCUCCCUCUCCCUCGCCUGCCUGCCGUUCCGCGUUUGACCAACUCCCCCGCACCGUAACCCUAGCAGCAGAUCGGCCAUGGAGAGCUGGGCGACCUGGGUGGGGACAAGCGUCACCUCCGCCUUCUUCGCCUCCCUCGAGCGCUGCUCCUGCAUCAACCUCUCCACCGACGACGACGACGACGACGAGGACCACGACGAGGCCAAGGACCGGCCCCUCAUCCUCGCCGCCGCCCCACGCCACGACUCCGCCGCCAAGCCCGAUCCAGACUCCGCCGCCGAGGACCAGGACGACCAGAAGCAAGAGCAGCCGCCGCUGCCGCCCGUAUGAAUCGAACCCGAUUCCUUGCUUGUACUAGCUGCUACUGCUGUUAUGUCGCCAAAUAAAGUCGUGUGUGCGUGUGCAGUCAGUACUACUGCUCUGCUGCUACUAUCCUAGUCCUAGUAUAUUAGUAUAUUAUACAGUCCUCUGUGAAAUUUGAAUCGACUCGAAAACCAAACCCCACCAACAUGAGCUUGUUAAUA